CAGAAACGCCACUCAGCUGAAGUUCUCAAUGCUGCACGGAGCCGCUGCGCCUCACACACACACACACGCACACACACACACACACACACACGCGCGCGCACACACACACUUGCCCCAAUGAUCGGACUACGGCAGCAGUGUGUUGAAUGUGUGUGUCCGCGUUCAUAGUAACACCGAUAUGGACUACUUUUACCUCCUGCUCUGCGCCGUCACACUCGGACUGGUGGAGAACUCCCGAGCGAGUCUGUCGGAGAAGCUGAGUGACUUUGGCCUCACCGUCCCCUUCAGCACAGACUCUCGUGGGCGAUACGUCUCUCACGCCCUGUCCUCCGGCUCGGCGUCUCCGUUACCCUCGGAGCGGAGGCGAGUGGCUCGCAGUGCUCCGGCGGCGUCCUCCAGGUAUUUAUUCUUUAACGUCACCGUGUUUGGGCGAGAGCUCCAUUUGCGACUGAGGGCCAAUCGGAGACUGGUGGCCCCCGGCGCCUUUGCGGAAUGGCACGAGGACUUUGAGGAGAAGGAGAAAGCGCGGAUAAACAAUGACUGUCUGUUCACCGGAGACGUCAGUGACAUGCCGGAAGCUUCUGUGGCCAUCAGUAACUGUGACGGACUCGCUGGACUAAUUCGUACGGAUAGUGGCGAGUUCUUCAUCGAGCCAUUGCAGAAAGGUCAGCAGGAGUCAGAGGUCCAAGGUCGAGUUCAUGUAGUGUAUCCCAGAUCAGCAGUUAAACGACAAAAUCAGGAAGAUCUGCAUAACGAAGUGCCAGAUUUUGGGAUAGCGGAGCUCCCAAACACUCUGGAUCUAGUGGAGCAGAAGCUUUCUGAAUCGGAUCGUAAACGCAGACAUGCUAAAAAAGAUGACUACAGCAUUGAGGUUCUCCUGGCUGUAGAUGACUCUGUGGUGCGCUUUCAUGGCAAAGAACAUGUGCAGAACUAUGUCCUCACACUCAUGAACAUAGUAGAUGAAAUAUACCACGAUGAAUCUUUGGGUACCAGCAUCAACAUUGUUAUCGUCCGUAUGAUUAUGGUGGGAUACCGCCAGUCUGUGAGCCUGAUCGAGCGAGGGAACCCGUCUCGCAGUCUUGAGCAGGUGUGUCGCUGGGCCAACACGCAGCAGAGACUGGACCCGAACCACGCCGAGCACCACGACCACGCCAUCUUCCUCUCCAGGCAAGACUUUGGUCCUGCAGGUAUGCAAGGUUACGCCCCCGUGACGGGCAUGUGCCACCCGCUGAGGAGCUGCACGCUGAAUCACGAAGACGGAUUUUCAUCAGCGUUCGUUGUGGCGCACGAAACCGGCCAUGUGUUGGGUAUGGAGCAUGAUGGUCAGGGGAACCGGUGUGGAGAUGAGACCAGUAUGGGCAGCAUCAUGGCUCCUCUGGUUCAGGCGGCGUUUCACCGGUACCACUGGUCCCGCUGCAGCAAACAGGAACUCAACCGCUACUUACAUUCGUACGAUUGUCUUCUAGACGACCCUUUUGAACACAAGUGGCCCAAACUCCCCGAGCUGCCGGGUAUUAACUACUCCAUGGAUGAGCAGUGUCGAUUUGACUUCGGUGUCGGGUACACCAUGUGCACAGCUUUCAGGACGUAUGAUCCGUGUAAGCAGUUGUGGUGUAGUCAUCCUGAUAAUCAGUAUUUCUGUAAGACGAAGAAAGGACCUCCAGUGGAUGGGACGGAGUGCGCACCUGGCAAGUGGUGUUUUAAAGGUCACUGUAUCUGGAGAUCAGCUGAUCAGCUGUAUGGUCAUGAUGGAGGAUGGAGUUCAUGGGGAAGAUUCGGUUCCUGCUCCAGAUCGUGUGGGGGAGGGGUUCGGUCCCGCAGCCGGCAGUGUAACAACCCACCUCCAGCGUACGGGGGACGUGAGUGUCCAGGCUCUGAGUUUGAUUAUCGGAUCUGUAACACUGAGGAUUGUCCUGGUGCGUAUGAGGACUUCAGAGCUCAGCAGUGUGUUCAGCGCAGUAACAAAUACCACAACAGCAUCAAACACACCUGGCUGCCCUAUGAACACCCACAAGAGGACCGUAAGUGUGAGCUGAGUUGUCGCUCUAAAGAGACGGGGGAGGUGGUGUUUAUGAAUCAGGUGAUGCAUGAUGGGACGCGAUGCAGUUACACUGAUCCAUUCAGCGUGUGUGCCAGAGGAGAGUGUCUGCAUGUGGGGUGUGAUAAGGAAGUCGGCUCGUAUAAACAGGAGGAUAAGUGCGGUGUGUGUGAAGGAGACAACUCUCACUGUCGCACUGUCAAGCUGACGCUCACCAAAACACCCAAACUCAAAGGGUUGUUGAAGGUGUUUGAUAUCCCGUCAGGAGCGAGACACAUUGUGAUCGAGGAGAGCGCAUCGUCUCCACACCUCAUGGCGGUUAAAAGUCAGGUGACCGGGAGUUUCAUCCUCAACGCGAAGGGAGACGAGGUGAAAUCGAAGACGUUCAUCGAGAGCGGUCUGGAGUGGGAGUACACGAUCGAGGGAGAUAAAGAGACGCUGAAAACCACCGGCCCUCUGAACGAAGGCAUCGUAGUGCUGGUGGUUCCUAAAGAAGAAGACAGGAAGAUCAGUUUGAGUUAUAAAUACAUCAUCCAUGAGGAUCUGGUUCCCAUCAUCACCAACAACAACGUGCUUUUAUCUGAGCUUGACAGUUAUGAUUGGGCACUGAAGAGCUGGACACAGUGCACCAAGCCCUGCGGAGGAGGUGUGCAGUACACUAAGUACGGCUGUAGGAGGAAGAGUGAUGGGCAUUUGGUACAGAGAACUCUGUGUGACGUCGGCAAGAGACCCAAACCAAUCCGCAAGCGCUGCAAUGUCAACGACUGCAGCCCUCCCACGUGGAUAACAGAGGACUGGGGUGCAUGCAGUAAGUCAUGUGGUCAGCUGGGUGUUCAGUCACGUGUGGUUCAGUGUGUUCAGCCACAACACAACGGCACACACAGAGUCCUACACACCAAAUACUGCAGCUCAGACAAACCCCCCACACACCGAGUGUGUAACACCACCACACCCUGCCCUGCCCAGUGGAGGACCGGAGCCUGGUCACAGUGUUCCGUGACGUGUGGUGAGGGAAUCAAGCAGCGGCAGGUCGUGUGCAGAUCUUCAGAAAACACCUCGGCUCAGUGCGAAGGAGAAAAACCUGAGAGUGUGUCCAUCUGCAAACUCUCACCAUGUCCAGGAGAGCCGUCACUCUCCAGCCCUACUGCGGACUCAGCGGAUAACUACACUACUGACGGAGAAGUCAAUAAGAUCUCAAAUGAACCUUGUCUUCAUGAUAAGUCAAUAUUCUGUCAGAUGGAGGUCUCGGCUCGGUACUGUUCUAUUCCCGGGUAUAAUAAGCUGUGCUGCGAGUCCUGUAAUAAGAAAAUGGGAAAUCCCACAGCAGGACCUCGUUUCUACACUUCUUCCUCAGUGGAGCACAAUUCCUCUAAUCCCCGUCCCUCCAGCGCUAAUCCUUCCAUCCUGCCGACUACACCAUCUCCGCUAACUGUUAAAGCUAAUGCUAAAGAUAACAAACCAAACUCCACUGCGCCAAGUCUGCUUCCAGCUACUCCAAGCCCUAACCCUGAUGACGUUUCUUCCCAGACUUCUCCACUUUCUGGUUCACCUCUACCUCCAGAACCGAGCGCUAGUGUUAGCCCUAGCACUAGCACUAGCACUAGCAUUAGCAUCAAUGCCACCCGUCAGCCUUCUCAGGACUUGGACCGGAAGACGGAGAAAGCAGAACCUCACACCAGCACUUUAUCCUCUCCGACUUUAGUCCCAGCAGGAACGGACAGAGCGAUAGACUCCCCCAACAGGAACUUAACAGUGGUCACAUGAUCAGGAAGUGACACAGUGCUGUUGAGUAAUGGUGCUGACUGCAUGGCGGCGAUGAAACAACCUCUUAGACUGUUUGUUUUUGUUUGUAUGUACACACUCCGUGCCAGUUAUGGGUUACCUCAGAUCUCUAACCACAUAACCUGCAGGGUAAAACUACACGUGUAAAACCACAUUUCCCAUAAUCCUCUACCACAUUAAAAGGUGCUGUAAUUUUUUAACUACUAUGAAUAACGUGGUGAAGUUCAGCGACUGUAUUGCUCGACUGUGGUUUGUUUUUUUUCUGAGUGCUUCAGAACUACUUGAUUAAUCCAGGAUGAUUAACACAUGCUCCUACAGUCAGGUCGAAAAGUCUAGACGGGAACGGAGCUGGAGCCCAGGGACGUGAGUAACACGUUUAACCCCUGCUGUACGUGAGCGCUCAGAAGUGGGGCUGCUGCUCGUCAGACUGAAGAAAGAUUUAUUUUAUUAAUACCGUUUUAUUGAAUGAGCAGCUUGUAAAUGAUGGAAUAAAAAUAAGAAGUGUUCAUUUGGAUUGAAACUGAUAGAAUCUCGGGACCAGACUCAGACUUUUGGACCUGACUGUUCACACGUCACACGUGUUUAGCACAUAUUCAGUACUCACACAGCUACGUGUAACGCGAGUUGAUGCUGCAGUUGAAGCACGACUUGAUGCUCUUAUUGUUCAUUUUCUUUCCUAAAUCUCAGCCGAUCCUCUGAGGACUGGGGUUCAGAGUUUCCAUUUUGCCUGUGAAAUUAAUUUCAAUGCAUGAUUUUAUUUUAUUUUUUUUCUGGAACUCAAAUAUUCUUUAAAAGAU